AUCGAAAAGAAAAGAAAAAGUCCCGUUUCCGCUGAGCAUUUCCGGGUGUGAUCAUCUCUACACGUUUUUUGAAGAAAAUAUAAGUUUUAUCCACUGUAGGAUGUAUUAAACAAUGAACAUUUACUCUUUGCAUCCGUCGCCGCUCCAAAUUAAAGUUUAGUAUCUUUAGAAGCCGUAAUAAUCAUGGCGGAGGAGAUAGUGGAUUCUCCAGAGGAGCUGAUUGCAAAACAACAUCGCAAGGAAAAGAAAGAAUUACAAGCAAAAAUACAGAGCAUGAAAAAUGCCGUCCCUAAAAAUGACAAGAAACGGAGAAAACAGAUGACUGAAGAGAUUGCAAAAUUGGAAGCUGAUCUGAACCAGAAACAGGAAGAAGAACUCAAGAAUCUUAAGUCUUCUGACAUAAAAGUGGAGCAGAUUACUAAUGAAGUUGAGACUUUGACAGUGGACAGUGAACAACAAGAAGAAUCCAAACACCGCGUAACCAAGGCCCAGAAGAGACGGGACAAGAAGGCUGCCCAAGAGAAAGAAAGAGAGAGCAGAAUAGCAGAAGCCGAGGUAGAAAACCUUCUGGGAGAGAGGCACCAGGAGGGCUUGAAGCUCGCUCAGAAACUGGCUCAGCAGCAGCUACAGAUCAAAGAGAUUUCCUCUGAUGGUCACUGCAUGUACCGAGCCAUUGAAGAUCAACUGACACAGAAAUCACUGUCUGGGGGAGCCAUGAAUGUAAAGGAACUGCGAUGUCGUACUGCUGAACACAUGAGAAGUAACAUGGAUGACUUCUGGCCGUUCCUCACAAACCCCAACACUGGUGAUUUGUUAACAACAGAGGAAUUUGAAAAAUACUGCAGUGAUGUGGAGCAUACAUCUGCUUGGGGAGGUCAACUAGAGCUGCGGGCUCUGACCCAUAUUCUUCAGUUACCAAUAGAAGUUGUACAGGCAGACUCUACAACUAUAAAAAUCGGAGAGGAAUACAGUGGUGAACCUAUAACCCUUGUCUACAUGCGCCAUGCCUAUGGACUGGGUGAACACUAUAAUUCUGUGGAGAAGCUGAAGGAACCGGUUGAGGACACCUGAAACGUGCAAUGUGACAGACACGAUUUCUCCAGCAAAAGACAGCCACUGUAAAUCUAAUAGUGUCUGGGAUUUGGCACGUUGGCAUGUUGCAGAGAAGACACUGGUGCUGCUUCCAAUUAGUGUUGUCAUUUGUUACUGAAAUCUCCUAUUGUUGGAGGAGAGCACAUUUCACUAGCAUUAUGGAGAAGUAUUGCCUCCUUCACUUUGACUUGAUGAGACCCACAGUGAAUUGAAGACUAAAUCUACUUACACAUCACUAUCUAAAACCAGACAUUAAUGACAUGUCCAUGAUAAAACUGUUGUUGCUGUGUAAUCGUGAUUGUACUGAACUACUUAAUUAGAAAUUGUAAUUAAUGAUGGUAACAUAAACACUUACAAUACUCAA